AUGGGUCGAGGCGCCACAGACCGGCGUCGAGCGCCCAAGCGCAGUCGGCACGCCGAGGAAGAGGAGGAUGCGCCGCCUGAAUGGAUCGCGUCGAGUGAUGCCAAUACACCAUUUGGACUUGUGCCAGCCGAUCUGCAUUCCUAUAUGAAAGAAGUAAAUGCGCAACUGACAGAGCGUAUGCAUUCCGGUGACGCGGACGACGUACAGCUACUUGUUCAAGCCGUUCUCUCCGAAAUGAAUGGUCACGAACUCGCGCUCGCUACAGAUCCUACGUGCUCGCUCGUGCUGGAAAACAUGUCGUCAAUGCUUCAGGAAAAGCCACUCCGGGUGCUGCUGGAUCGCAUGACAGGUAACUUUGUGACGCUAUCAUACCAUCGAUACGGAUCGCAUGUACUCCAGGCGUUGUUUUACGCAGUGCAGCGCAUUAUGAACACGGGCACAACAUCAGACUCUGCUUCGACGAAACAGGGUGUGCUGCGCUCCCUGCCGGACAUUAUGUCUGACAUGUACGAAGAAAUGGAGCCGAGUCUGGUGCCGAUGCUGACCGAUGUCUUUGCUACCCACAUGCUGCGCAGCAUCGUAGCUCUUUUUGCGGGCGUGUCCAUACCAUCACUGGACGAUAUGCGCUCGAAGCGCAGUGCCAAGUACCGCUCCAAAGAACGCCAAAAAGCCAUGGUCGACGACUCUUUUACGACACCGUCGAAUGAGCCGAUGCAUGUGCCCCCUGCAUUUUAUACGCUCUUACAUCGCUUGUACACACAUAUGCGCGAGAACUUGACAGAGGAGGACAUGCACAGGCUCGUGCCUGAGGCCACCGCCGCGCCCACACUCAGUUUGCUCCUCCGGCUCGAAGCUGGACUGGCUGAUGGGAAGGGCAGUACGGUAUACGAAAAAGACUCGAUGGCAUCAUGCAUUCUUGGACCACUCGAUCAGCGGACGGACUUUAUGGAAUCGGCGUUGCGCGAUGCCGUCGCGACGCACGUCCUCCAAAGUGCUUUGCAAGACAUAUCGCAGGAGAGGCUCGUACACUUUUGGCGCACCUAUAUCCAUGGCCGUGUGGCCAAACUCGGCGCACAUCCAUGUGCCAACUAUGUUGUGGCUACGGCCUUGCAGCUCUUGCCGGCCGAUGAGACCCUGGCCGAGGCCAUUCAUGAGCUCGGCAAAGCCGGCGACCAACUCGUGAAGAAUCAGGUGACGGGCGUCCUGCAGACGGCCGUCGAUCGCAGCGUGCAGGUCGGUGCGUAUGCAGCCGAUGUCAUGCAGGCCAUCCGAGCAGCGUUCCGAUUUAGUGAGGAUGCAUCCAAGGACGAUGUGGCCAAGUUUGUGCCAGCUGUCUUGAGCCUUCACACUCUCAAGGCAUUCACACAUGUCCAAGAUGCGCCACAGAAGCGCAAGCGUGACGAUAAUGGCGAGCGGAUGACGACGCAGGGAAGUAUCUUACUUCAGCGCAUCGCACAGCUUCCUGCGCCACACCAGACAUGGCUGUAUGAGAGUCUGUGCACGGAUGCCCUCGGCUCGUGGUGCCGAUCGUCCACGGCUGCGCAUGUGGUCAUUGCCGCUCUCACAUCCAAGGCCGCCUCAUUUGCACAGCGGCGCAUGCUCAUCCGCGCUGUCAUGCCCAUGCUGAUCGAUUUGUGUGACGAUGCAUGGGGCAGUCGCGUCGCAGAUGCCCUAUGGCUCGGCGCCGACGGAUUCACCAAGGAAAAGAUGGCUCAGCUCGUGAUCGGGCACGAAAAGCGCUUGCUUGCGUCGACGUACGGCCGGUUCUUUGUGCGCCGCCUCCGACUCGGUGUGUACCGCAAAAACGUCGACGAGUGGAAGGCAUGGGCCGUGCACGAACACGUACCUGACGCAGCGACGCCCGCCGCCCCACCUGCCAAUCCGUUUGCGUUCCUACGCACUACCCACAUCCAUCGCACACCACGUGAUCAAGCCGACAGGGAACUCGAACGUAUUUUAGCACAAGUAGAAUAA